ACUCGACCGAAACACACACCGGUCUAAUAAAAAGGCUUUUCAAAUAAUAUCCAAAAAAUUGUACAGUGUAAAUAACACUUAACAUAGCAAAACAGAGAUGCAUGGACCCGGCAGAGGUGGUUUUAGACCCGGACCUGGACCGGCCAGGGUAAAUGUGGUAAUGCGACCGCCCGGACCACCACGACCUACACAAGUGAAUGUAAAUAUUAAUGCACCACGACGUCCCGUGGUAAAUGAGGUUGUUGUGGUAGGUGGUGCGCCACCGCUACUUCCAGCUGCCGGUAUGAUGUUGGGCGCAUCAAUGGUUGCUGGCGCAGCAAUGGGUGCCGUGGCAGCGUCGGCUAUGAGUGGACCCAGAGAGGUUAUUGUAAAUGCACCGCCGCCACCACCAUCGACGGUGAUUGUUAAUACGCCAGGCGUACAACAGCCGCAGGCUGGAUCGACAGUUGUAGUGAAUUCAUCAUCAGCAGGGAUGCCCAGUUCAAAUGUGGUUAGCUAUUCUGGUAUGGCUGGAGCGCCACCUUCAACUACAGUGAUUAUAGAAGGUAAUGCGCCAAGAAUGCCGCCGCAACCGCCGACAACAGUGAUGUAUUUGUAAAUAUUUGUAGAUCUAAAUAAAUUACUAAACUCGCUUAA